CGCGGCUUACAUUCGGCGUGGCAUUGACAUGAAGUUUGGACUGUUCCGGCAAUGUUGCGAGUGCAGGACGGAUCGUCUCCGAAACGAAUAAUGCUGUAACGCAUUUAUUAGUGUGAAAAAUGCAAAGUGUAAAUAGAAGCAAUCAAUGCAGUGUUGCCACAACAGAUAGUGCGCGAAGUUUUGAUUUCUCCAAUCAUUUAUUCGAAUUGCGAAUAUUGUACGGAUCAUCGACUCCGUAUGUUUUCGUUGUUUGAAGAAUAAUUAUUUGACAAAUAUUAAUUACUUUGUCGUAAUCCAGACAGCACGAAAAAAGGAGGAAGCUCAGUCGACAUCGCACAACAGCGGAACAACAAUAAGAUUAACUUGUGAACAAUUCUGCAGCAUCGCAUCGUGCCGAUUAACUUGUGAACAACUCUGCUGCAGCGCAUCGUGCCGGUCGAGAAAGACGCAAUAUAAUUUUGUACCGGAUCAGCAAAACAUUAACAAGAUAAAACAUGUAUUAUCACAAGAAAUGUACGGUGCUGGGUUGCACAUCGACCGGCAUGAAACUUCGUGCAUUCCCACUGGCGACUAAUAAAGAAAGAUUUCUGAAAUGGCUGAGAGCUUGUGGAAACGUUCAAUUGUUGAAGCUAUCAGAAAGACAGUUGAGACAUAAAGUUGUCUGUGACUUACACUUUGAAACAAAAGUGAAACUGGCAUCUACUUUGUCCAGGGUCGCAGUUCCCACCUUGUUUUUGCCAAAGCCUAUUGAUGUGUCCAGUUACAAAUUUGAUGCAGAUAAGGAUUCAGAUGCAGAUACAAAACUAAGAGAUUAUAUAACUGUGGCAGAGUUAUUGGAGUCAGAAAUUGAAGGAAGUGAGGAGGAAAUCUCCGAACAAGAGCAAAAUCUUAACGUGGAACAAGAAUGCGACAAUGCUGAACAAGAUGCAGCUUCUCUCUCGGACAAUUCCGAGCUGAAUAAUAGAGUGUUGCUUAAUGAAGACGUUUAUAUCGGCAGAAAUGGAUUAACUGAAUGGAGGAAAAUGCCCUGCGCAAGUGAAUCUGUCACAGAUCUUUCUCCCGAGGAACAUGUUGCACAAUCGAGUUCUCAUUGCUCUACUGCGGAUAAAAAACCUUGCGAAAUCGAGAAUGAGCUGUGUGCUUUACGCGAGUUUAUUGACAAGAAUAUGCUGGAUGAGAUCAUAACUGGUACGAAUUUGUUGAUUAAGCGUAGGCGACUGUCUCGCACGUACUCCCGGUGCAGAGAUUUGAACGAGACAACGAGAACCGAGCUGCUGGCAGUAUUCGGUCUGCUAUAUCUCGUCGGUAUGAAACGAGCGAGUCACACAAAUCUACUGGAACUUUGGGCCGACGACGGCACCGGCCUGGAAAUAUGCCGCUCCACCAUGAACUAUAGACGGUUCCUGUUUCUCUUGGACUGCCUACGAUUCGACAACAAGAGCACCAGACUCACACGAUUGAAAGAGGACAAGUUGGCAUCCAUAAGAAAUAUCUGGAACAGAUUCGUAGAGAAUUGCAAGAAAUCCUACUCGCCCAGCGGCUCGCUCGUUAUCGGCGACAGAUUGAAGAGUUUUCAAGGCAAGUGCAGCUUCAUUCAACAUAUGCCCGACAAGCCGGCGAAGUACGGACUGAAGAUCAUUAGCCUGGUGGACGCCAAGACAUCCUUCACCUGCAACAUAGAGCUCUACUGCGGGCAGCAGCCAGAAGGGCCUUACAGAGUCGAAAACGAUCCCGCAGCCAUCGUGCACCGACUGCUUCAGCAUAUCAAAGGCUCCCCCAGCAAUGUUACCUGCGAUGAUCGUUACACCACGUAUCCUCUCGCUGUUUCGUUGCUAGACGACAAUAUAACGUUCCUCGGUGCGAUGGGAAGAGCCCACGAUGAAGUGCCUGCGUGCUUCCUGUCGGGAAAGUGGAGACCAGUCGGCAAUUCCUGUUUCGGCUUUCGGGACGAUGCUACAUUGGUGUCUCAUGUGACGGAGAAAGGCAAGGCGAUCGUCGUGCUCUCGACGAUGCAUCGUCAGGCGGAAAUCAAUCCGCGUACCAAUGUACCGGCGAUCAUUGAGGAGUACAAUGCGGCCAAGGACGCGGUGGACGUCGUGGAGCAAACGUGCGCAACAUAUUCCGUUUCGAAAAUGACGAAAAGAUGGCCGCUGGCAGCGUUCUUCGCGCUGUUGGACAUCGCCGGAUUGAACGCUCAGAUUCUCUACAACACUUCCCAGAGGAAGAUUAUGCAGAAGUGCAGGAGGGGCUUCCUCAAGAAUCUUGCGCUCGCGCUGUUGAAGCCGCAUUUACAGGAAAGAGCGAAGAUAAAGAACAUUCCUCUUAACAUUCAAACCACAGUCUUGAAUAACACAUAUGAGAACAGCGUUGAACGUUCCUCGAAUAAACGGUCCCACGAAACGGAUGAGGAGGUGGACGAGGAGGAAACAGCCAGGAAGAUGGGCCCAUGCUUUCUAUGCGGACGACGCAAAAUCACGCGUACAGCAUUCAAAUGCAGCACCUGUUUGAAAUUCACCUGCAAGGGACACAUAACGUGUACGAAAUACACUUGUGAAAAGUGCGACGAAAACACAGUGUGCGACAUUUAGCACCGAUGUAUGAAUAGUUUUUUCUCUUUACAUGUAUAUAAAAGGUGAGUGACUUUACGAAAUUUAUAAAUAUGACAAAUUUAUAAAAAAUCUUGUUGAGAUUUCAUAAUUUUUCCCACGACAGAAGAUUAUGAAGUU